AUGGAGGUUGACAGCGCGUAUGCAAAUCUCUUCGGCACGCAAGGAGAGGCGGCUGUGCUCGCCUGCGACGAGCUCGGUCUUGUUCCGCGCGACUUGCUGCGUCGCUCGAAGAAGUCCUUUGGGGGUGAUGGGGAUCCUGAAGGCAAAGUGCUUGUGCGCUACACACUGACGGAGCGCAUCCGGCAAAACAACAUACGAAAACUGCUUGCUGUCAAGAACCGCUUCAUCGUGGAGGGCGGCGUGGCGGAGAAGUGGAAAGAGCGGUGCCGGGUGUUCCCCGACGCACCAGGCGUGCCCAAGAUACCGAAGGCAGCCAUGGAGGCUGCCAUGGCGGAGCUCGACACGGAGAGCGACGACGAUGAUACAAUCGAUGAGCGCGGGCUCGUCAGGCCGCCGCCGCAGUUCGGUGUGGCAACGCCCAACGGUGGGGCGGAAUCGGGUGUGCCGCUCUCACGCCGGCCGAGCCAAUCAGGCCCCGUUACGGUGGCCUCCAGCCACAGCACCGCGCCACCGACACCGGCACCGCUCUUCGUCUCGCCGCCAAGGAGCCAAACGAAGAAGAAGCGCCACAAGCGCCUCUCCAAAAGAAGUGCGAGGGAAAGUGCGCACAACGCCAGCGAUAAGGAAGAAUACGUCAUUUGCCGCGAUGGGGACCAGGAUGUUGUAAUGCGUCGCCCACAUCCCCCGGCGGACCCGCCGUAUUUGCCUCCGGUGCCGUACCCUGUGCGCAACACCGCCACACUGACGCGGGAGAUGGAGGAGCUGGACGAAUACCGCCGUUUUCUGUUGCGGUAUGCGCAUGACAGCGCGGCCAUGGCGCAGGAAUAUAGCGACUUUGAGCAGUUGAUGCGACACCGCAAUGCAGCGAACGGCGCCGCGGCGGCGGGAACGGUGUCAUUCGUUAGUGAGGCUCAGCAGCGCAAAGGUGCGGACACUUCGGCUGCGAGUUCUGUGAAGAACAGAGACAGCGAAAAGAACACCAACACUACACCGUCGAAGAGUGGCACGACCCGCCAUGAGCGACAGAUAGCUGCGUACAUACGUCUUGCCAAAAUGGAUGUGCAGAGGAACUCGUCCAACUACAAGAAGUGGAAUGGAUUCAUGGAGGAAAUGGAAGGCAUCGAGCCGAUGGGUACGGUAGCAGCGGAUCUGCGUGCUCGGCUUAAUAUUGGCCUUUGGCCGACCUUCGAGGACUACGUGCGUUCAGUGGAGGAGCGGACAAAGCGUCGGGAGCGUGCCUUCUUGCAAGAGCGGCAGUCGCAGAAUAAACUUAGCGCCUUCUGUGAGGCGAAAGACCGUCACACAGAGCAAACGAUUGAAAAGCUGAAGAAUGAGGAGAAUGGUAUCUUUCUGGAGGCAAGGAUCGUGCAACGGGAGAUUAUGAAGCAAAACAGAGUGCACGAAGACAGGCGAUACAACAUGAAGCAGCAGCGGUCGCAGGUAUGUCAGGCGAAAAAGGAGACUCGUGCCGCUGAGUAUCACGCGAAAAAAAACCUUGCCGCGAAGAAUAAGCGCUUCGAACACGACUCUGAAGAAGUAUUUAGACAGUCUCUGAGGGAGAAGAUUCAUGAGAUGGACGUGAGGAAGAAGUGGGAUGUGAAUUCAGUCGCGAACCGAUGA